AUGGUUCUCGCCGGUAACGCUACGCUCGAAGAGCAAGAUCCCGAGAUUUUCAAUCUCAUUGAAGCCGAGAAGAAUCGGCAAUGGAAAUGCCUGGAGCUUAUCGCCUCGGAGAACUUUACGUCUCGCGCAGUCAUGGAUUGUUUGGGCUCGUGUCUGACUAACAAAUACGCCGAGGGACAGCCGAAUGCACGGUAUUAUGGCGGCAAUGAAGUGAUCGACAAGAUUGAAAUUUUGUGUCAGCAACGUGCCCUCACGGCCUACGGUCUUGCUGAAGACAAGUGGGGUGUCAACGUGCAGCCAUACUCUGGUUCACCUGCUAACUUUGCUGUCUACACGGCUUUGCUGCGUCCACACGACCGUAUCAUGGGUCUAGAUUUGCCCAGUGGAGGUCACUUGACCCACGGGUUCUACACUUACUCUAAGGCUGAGAAGACACGCAAAGCGGUUUCUGCUACGUCAGUGUACUUUGAGUCGUUGCCAUACCGUGUGAACGCUGAGACGGGUCUGAUUGACUUUGAAAAGCUCGCUGAACAGGCUGCUCUGUUCAAGCCAGCGAUGAUUAUUUGUGGUGGUAGCGCGUACCCCCGUGACUGGGACUAUGCCGCUUUCCGUAAGAUUGCUGAUGAUAAUGGCGCUUUGCUCAUGUGUGACAUGGCGCAUUACAGUGGUCUUGUGGUUACUCAGGAGCACAACAGUCCUUUUGAGUACUGUGAUAUUGUGACGACGACGACGCACAAGUCGCUGCGUGGCCCGCGUGCUGGCAUGAUCUUUUACCGCCGUGACGAACGUAACUUUGAGCCUCGUAUCAACAAUGCCGUGUUUCCAGCGCUUCAGGGUGGACCGCAUGAGCACCAGAUUGCCGGUAUUGCUGCGCAAUUGAAGGAGGUGCAGACCCCCGAGUUCAAGGCGUACGUGCAGCAGCUUAAGGCUAAUGCCAAGAUUCUGGCCAAGACUUUGACUGACCUGGGCUACACAAUGUGCACGGGUGGCACUGAGAACCACUUGGUUCUAUGGGACUUGCGUCCACAGGGCGUUACGGGCUCUAAGCUUGAGAAGCUUUGCGACAUGGUCUCUAUUACACUCAACAAGAACGCCGUGUUGGGUGACCGCAGCGCCCUUACCCCGGGCGGUGUGCGCGUUGGCACGCCUGCUCUUACUAGCCGUGGCUUUAAGGAGGCUGACUUUGUCAAGGUCGCCGAGUUCCUCGACCGUGCUGUGAAGCUGUGCAUUGAGAUUCAGAGUACAAGCGGCAAGAAGUUGGUAGACUUCAUCAAGGCUGCUGAAGUCCACGAGGGCGUAAAACAGCUACGUCGUGAUGUGAAUACGCUGGCCACGUCGUUUGAGAUGCCUGGCUUCAAGGUGUCGGAGAUGCGCAACAAGAUCAUUGAAGAGUAA